UCUUGGAAAGCUGAUAAAACCCAUUCAAUCAGAAACCCAGAUGAGGAUUUUCUGCAAUUCUGGUCAAUUCUGGUCUCUGAUGAAGAUUCCUUAGGACCUGUAGCAGCUGAUACAUCUUCACUUUCUGGGUUCUGGAGCUAAAUUCCAUUCUCUUAUUAUUGUUAUUAUGGACACCAAUAGAAUGCCUGGAGGAAUGAUUCCGGGCAUGGCUUCUGGAAUGCUGGGUUUAGAGGUACCUCUGCAUCAAAAUCAUCCACAACAGCAGCAACAGAUGAUGAGCUUCUCCACUCACGACAAUGAUCUUCACUCGCAAUCUCAACAAACAGUAAUGAAACAGCAAUCCUAUCCUUACAACACCAAAGACAAGCAGCAGCAGCAGCAACAACAACAACAAUGGAGUGACGAAGAUGAGCCCGGCUUUACCGGCGACGAUGGCGGCGGAGGAGAUGCGAAGAAACGAACAUCGCCAUGGCAGAGGAUGAAAUGGACCGACAACAUGGUGAAGCUCCUCAUCAUGGUUGUCUUCUAUAUCGGCGAUGAUGCUGGCGGCGAAGCCUCCGACCCUUCCGGAACAGGGAAAAAGAAGUCCGGUGGGUUGUUGCAGAAGAAAGGAAAGUGGAAAACUGUAUCCAAGGCGAUGAUGGAGAAGGGUUUCUAUGUUUCUCCACAGCAGUGCGAAGACAAGUUUAAUGAUCUCAAUAAGAGGUAUAAGAGGGUUAACGAUAUCCUCGGAAAGGGAACGGCUUGUAAGGUUGUGGAGAACCAGAGCUUACUAGAUACCAUGGAUAAUAUAUCUCCUAAGAUGAAGAAGGAGGUAAGAAAGCUACUCAAUUCCAAGCAUCUCUUCUUCAGGGAGAUGUGUGCUUACCACAACAGCUGCGGUGCUGUCGGUGGCGGUGCCGCUUCAUCUGCCCAUCAGUCUGCCGCCGAGGCAGCCGUGGAACCUACCCAUCAUCAUCCAUCGCAGCAACGCUGCUUACAUUCUUCGGAAGCUAAUGCCAUUCUUGCUAAUUCAAGAGUCAGGGUUGAAGCAGAGGGAUUGAAUUUGAAGGUGGGUAGGGGAGGAAGCCGGGAAGAAGAAGGGGAUGACGAAGAUGACGACGACGAUGAUGAGGAUGACGACGAGGAUGAGGAGGAGGAAGAAGAAGAAGAAGAGACAGAAGAAAGUAGGGGUCACAAGAAUCAGAAUGGAUACAGAGGAGGAGCGGAAGAAGAGGUAUUGCGGUCGAAGAAGAGGCAGAGAAGAGGGGUUUUUGGUUCUUCUGCUUCUCCUCCAUCUUUGUCGCCUGCAAUGCAACAACUGAGCUCGGAGUUGUUGAAUGUGCUUCAAGAUGGGACAAAGAGUGAGUGGGAGCAGAGGCAGUGGAUGAGGAACAAAUCGUUGCAAUUGGAGGAACAAAGAGUGAGGUAUCAAUACGAAGCGUUCGAGCUGGAGAAGCAAAGAUUGAAAUGGAUGAAAUUUAGUGGUAAGAAGGAGAGGGAGAUGGAGAGAAUGAAGCUUAAUAAUGAUCGAACGAGACUUGAAAAUGAGAGAAUGGUUCUUCUCCUUCGUCAGAAAGAGCUUGAAUUGCUUGAUCUUCAGCAACAACAACAACAACAACAACAACAACAUCAGCAACUCUCAUCCAACAGAAGGCCUGACCCAUCUUCCAUCACUGGAUGAUUUUUGUUCCAUCUUCUAUUAAAGA